ACUUCCUGGAAAAACUGGGGCAGGGGACCCGGCCGGAUGGGACGGUGGAGCAAAUUGGGCCCAUUCUCGUGGAAUGGCUCCCUGGGCUGAACGCCUACAAGGCCUACUGCAGCAACCAGCUGGCGGCCAAAGCCCUCCUGGACCAGAAGAAGCAGGACGCCCGGGUGCAGGACUUCCUCCAGCGCUGCCUGGAGUCUCCUUUCAGCCGCAAGCUGGACCUCUGGAGCUUCCUGGACAUUCCUCGCAGCCGCCUGGUCAAGUACCCGCUCCUCUUGAAGGAGAUCCUCCGGCACACGCCCAACGACCACCCCGAUGUCCAGAGCCUGGAAGAAGCGCCAAAAACAUCUUCCGGGUCCGUUUCCGGGACUCCUCCUCAGGCCAGUCCCACACGCUGCAGGCCAACGACAUUUUCCACAAGCAGCAGUGGGUCAACUGCAUCCAGGCGGCCGUCGCGCCCUUCCAGCCGAGCCCCGUGCCCUUCGAGAUGAAGGACCUGCCCGAGCUGAGUGAGGAAGGCGAGGAGAACCAGCCCUUCGGCUCCAGCGCUAAAAUCCAGAGGAGACAGCCUUCCGCCUCGGGCAGCUUCCGCACGGAUCUGGGCGAGAACGGGACGGAAGCCGACGCGGCGGGAGAGCUGAGGAACGUCAAAAGUUACCGGAUGCAUUCAGCGCUCAGGAAAAGCAGGGACAAAAACCAGCUCAGCGUCAAACGGAAAGAGACUCUGGUUUAAAUAGCGGGGAGCGAACGGCUUCCUCGCUCUUUUAUUUAUAAAUAAAGUGUACAUUUUCUUUCCUGUAAUGUGAGAAUGGUGAACGGUCUCCCCUUCUCUCUUUGUCGGUCUUUUUGUGUUACAUGUGAGUCUUGGGGUUUUUUUUCCUCCUCCCUUCCUUCCUUCCUUCCUUCCUUCCUUCCUUCCUUCCUUC